CAGCAUAGGCCUUCAUCAGAACAACUUGGGGAAAGCCAAGACCCAAGAUCAGUGGUGGGCGUUGGUGGAGUUGGGUCCCACCUUCUCAUAGCCCUUCGUUGCACCGUAGCCGAUUGACCAGUAUCCACCCAACGCAUUCAACCCACAGUAGAUCUCUCUCUUUGCUGCUGGCGUCGAGGAAGAAACUUACCUUUCUGUCCAGGAGAUGGGAUAGGCAGUGCACAGGAUAGAAAAAGAAGAGAAGAGGAGCGUUUCUACAUCUUACUGGAGUGUUCUGACUGGGUGCAGGGAUGCUUGGAAAAUCAUUUGCUUCUCCUUUGCUGACCUUGGAUUUUGCAGCACGCUUAUCUUUUUCUAGUACUGAUCUUGCAACAGUUGCACCAAAUAACUUGAACUUCUCAAAUGGCAUUCUACCAAAUGUGACCAGAGGUGCUUGUACCUCCCUUGCUGCAACUAAGAAAUGGGAGUUGCAUUCAACGGCACAAACUGCAAGUAUAACACUGAACGAUGAAGAUAGGAAGGCAUGGGAAGCAUGCAAACAAGCUCUGUCAGUGUUUCAGUUCAGUGAUGAGGAGGAAGACAAGAUCCUUGGGAAAGCAUUUGGCCAUGUCCAUUCACCUUACUGGAGCGAAGAGCGGAAGAAAGAAGUCCCACAAUUUGAAAUCGUGAGUGAAAAACUGGAGUAUUUGAGGAGUUUAAACCUUUCUGAUGACGAUCUGGGCAAGCUCCUGAAGAAAUUCCCUGAAGUUCUCGGGUGCAGUCUUGAAGAGGAGCUGAGGAACAAUGUACAGGUCUUAGCCAAGGAGUGGGGAAUAGAAGGUAAAUCACUAAAAAACGUUCUUCUUCGUAACCCAAAGGUACUGGGUUACAACGUGGACUGCAGGGGAGAUUGUAUGGCACAAUGCACACGCUGCUGGGUUCGGUUUUAGCUUUCAUGAAACUUCAAUGUUCUGUCUAUGUCCAAGUUCUGUUUCUGCUCAAUUAUCUGUAAUUCUUUAAGAUGAAAAUAAUCUUCAAUUUCUAGCAUCGUAGCUGUGUUAUGUGUUGCAUUUUGAGGUCUGAGUUGGGUUGAAAUCCAUUGUAAUUUUUGCUUUGUAAAAGAUCUUGAUAUUCAUGUGACAACACUCACUUUUAAUUUUAUUCAUCAAUAAUUUGAGGCUAUGCUUGGUUCCGAAAA